CUGUCGGCCCAUGUACUUUCUUGCAGGCCCGGUUCUUCUUCUUGCGUCGCACGCACGUGCGCUCGGUUCCCUCUCGGAGUUCGCGCCAAUUUCUUCCAUCGAACCCGUCUUUCUUCCCCUCGCUCCGGAAGAAGAAGAGGAAGGCGUUUCUCUGCGGGUGCGUGCGUGUGGAGGUGCUGCUCGCGUCGCUUCGCCCUCCACCGAGCUCGGGACUGUGUACAGAUAUGCAGGUAGGUGCAGGAGAAAGUUUUGCCCUGACCCUUGAUCAAAAAGAACAUUACAGAGCCAUAUGGAAAGUUCAUAGUCAUAUGAAGGAACCAAUGGAGGAGCAAUAUGAGACGCUAAGAUCUUAUUUGGAGGAGCUCAAGAGAGUUAGUGAGUAUGGAACAUUUAGAAUGGAAGUCAACCCAGCAACCAAAGAAUUUGAGAGGUUUUAUGUAGGGUUUGAUGAGUUGAGAAGGGGGUUUUUAGCAGGAUGUAAGCGUGUCAUAGGAUUGGAUGGAUGCUUCCUUAAGACUGGAUCGAAAGGUAUGUUGUUGUGUGCUGUUGGACAAGAUGGAAACAAUCAAAUGUUUCCAAUUGUUUGGGCAGUUGUGGACACUGAGUCUGAGGCAUCUUGGAGUUGGUUUCUCACCCUAUUAUUCACUGACCUGAGGGUGGGCAGAGGUGAGGAUUGGACUUUCAUCAGUGACCUGCAAAAGGGACUAAUGAAUGCAAUUUCAAGGCUAACUCCACUUGCAGAGCAUCGAAAUUGUGCAAUGCACAUAUUUGCUAAAUGGGAAAAAUUGUACAAAGGGGAUUCUCUUAAGAAUCUCUUUUUGAGAGCUGUGAGGUGUACAUUUGAAGCUGAUUUUGACCUAACAAUGGCGGAUUUGAAGAUGGAGUGCCCUGAAGGUUAUGAAGACUUCAUGAGGCAAGGUCCUAAGCACUUCUGUAGGGCUUUCAUCAAGACAGGUACCAAUUGUGAUUUGGUUGCUAAUAACUUAUGUAAGACCUUCAAUGGGUGCUUUUGGCUACCAAGAGAAAGACCCAUACUUGAGAUGCUUGAAGGGAUAAGAAUUAAGUUGAUGAAGAGGAUGUUAGAGAGAAGUCAGUUAAUGGUUGAUCAAACAGAUCCAAUUUGCCCAAGGAUUAGAAUGGAGUUGGAGAAGACUAAAUUGGAGUCCAGGAAUUGUAUUGCUAGAGCAGCUAUGGGGAAUAAAUUUGAGGUUGAACUGGAUGAUGAUAGAUUUGUGGUUGACUUGGCUGGGAAAACCUGUGCUUGUAGGGAAUGGGGUAUCUCUGGAAUACCAUGUAGACAUGCCAUAUGUUGCAUUACUCUCAUGAAGUUAGAUAUCGAUGAUUAUGUCGAUGACUGCUUUAAGAAAGAUGCUUAUGAAAGAUGUUACCAAUUUCCCUUCCCAGCCAUGAAUGGAAAAAAAAUGUGGCCCAAAGUCAAUGGUGAGCCAAUUAAACCCCCACCUUACAGAAGGAAAAGGAUGCCUACCGGUGAUAGAGUUAUUGACGUUGGAGGUCCAUCCAACUCCAAGAGACAAACAAGAUUGAGGACUGUUCAAAUUUCACCAAGCCAGGCUUCAAUUGAUACCACAGAAUCUCCAUGCACGGAAGAAUCUGGAAUUGAUGGUGGACUGUGAAGUUGUGGACCGGAAAAUACUAGUGGAUGUUCAAUGCCUGUUGUUAGAUGAGGAUGUUCAGUUGUAGACUGAAAACGGCUAGUUUUUAUGUUGUUUGUAAGUGGAUUUGACUGUGUACUAUGUGCUUGGGGAUUUGGCAAUGUAGUUUAGCAUUUGGGAUGUUUUGGCAGUGUACCCUGUGUUGAGUUGUGCCUGCUGUGUUGGGAAGGUUUGUUGUUUUGGGAUGUUUGUCUUUUGCAUGAAACGAUGUGGAUCAGUUUAAGUUUGUCUAAUGCUAUUUAGUCUGCUUUGCAUUCUUUU